AUGACAACAAAGUUAAUAGUUUUGCUCAUAUGUGUGUCAUUGCAUACAGUUACAUAUGGUUUUCAAUGCCCAGGCGAUGGUCUCUUUGCUAAUCCACAAGAUCAGCAUUCCUUCUAUCAAUGUACACAUGGCAUGUAUUAUUUGAUGCAAUGUCCGGCUGGAUUAGUUUGGAAUCAACAAACACAAUUUUGCUACUGGGACACUCCUAAACCUCCUAUGAAUUGUGAUCAUGGAAACCAAAGCAACUGUCGAGAAAUGACUGAAUGGUCAAUGGAAGGAAUUCCUAUCGUCGGUUCCGACAGACAAUUCGGAGACGAUGGAUUCCAUUUAGGCUCACCGUUCGGCAUAUAUGUUGAUGCUGAACGCGACAAUGUUUAUGUUGCUGAUACUGAAAAUCAUCGAGUUCAGAAGUUCAAUCUCAAAGCCAUUGGUAGCUCGGGCGUUACUGUUGCGGGUGGGAAUGGACCAGGCAAUGCCUCCAAUCAAUUAAAUAUGCCUAUGGCUGUACAUGUCGAUAGAAAUGAAAAUGUAUAUGUAUCGGAUGUUGACAAUGAUCGUAUUCAAAUGUGGGCAAAAGGUGCAACGAGUGGUGUCACAGUAGCUGGGGGACAUGGCAAAGGUACAGCUGUUAAUCAGAUAGGUGCUUGUCAGGGUAUUUUUGUUCAUGAAGAAACAAACGCAUUGUUCAUAUCAGACUUUUAUAAUGAUCGUAUUGUCAAAUGGAUUCCUGAGAAAGGCGAAGGUAUUAUGGUGGCGGGUAUUGGUGUUGGUGGGUCGAGAGCAAAUCAGCUAAGUGGACCGCGCGGUAUCUUUGUCGAUAAAUGCGAAACAAUCUAUAUCGCCGAUUUAUGGAAUAACAGAAUACAAAAGUGGAAGAAAGGUGCAACCGAAGGUAUUACUGUUGCAGGAGGAAAUGGAAAGGGUUUAGCUGCUAAUCAACUGAAUAGUCCUUGGGAUGUCGAACUUGAUCAAUAUGGCAACAUUUACGUUGCCGAUACUGACAAUAGUCGUGUUUUGAAAUUUACUCCAGGUGCAACCAAUGGUGUGCUAAUGGCGAAUGGAAUGGGAUGGGGUACCGGUUCCGGCCAGUUCCGCGAGAUGCAUAAACUUUGUAUUCGCUUAUAUGUAAAAACUCGUUGGUUAUUAGGUUUAAAUGCUAUACAGAUUCAUGAUGAAUUAACUGCUGCUUAUGGACAAGACUUUUUUGCAGCAUCUGUAGAUCAUUUAAUAACAUUAAUUGUUGGCAUUGUACCAGUCUUAUAUAGCCUCGUUCAUUCUGAUCCACAAAUACAAUCACUUGUGUUUUGUAAAUUACGUGGUUACAUAUUUCAACUAUGUUUAAUGUUUUCUCGUUGGUUCAUUGCUUUUGCUUGUAUUGAUCGUUAUGUAUUAACUUCAGAUGAUGUUAAUUUAAGAAAUUUUGCCAAACCAAAAAUAGCAUAUCGUAUAAUUAUUAUCAUUAUUAGUUUUUGGUCAAUUAUUUGUUCUCAUAGAAUUAUAUUUUAUGAUAUCAAAGGAAAUUUCUGUGGUAUUAUAGAUAAUAUGGUUGCAGCACUUUAUCAUUCUUUUUAUGUUAUUAUUGGAGGUGGCAUAUUUCCUGCUAUAAUUAUGAUCAUAUGUGCAUGGCUUAUUCGUCGAAAUCUUGAAUAUAAGUAUAAAAAGCGAAUACAAUAUUCAGUAAGGAGUUAUCAACGAAACCCACUUGAUCGACAAAUUCUUAAUAUAUUAAUCAUUCAAAUUAUAUGUUACAUUAUAUUUACAACUCCUCAAUUAUGUAAUUUAGUGUUUAUUGCAAUUUCAGUACCGAUUUCUAAUCAAUCAAAUGAAUAUUUAGCUAUUGAAUCAUUUUCUACUUUUCUAGCAGAAUUAAUGCUAUAUUUGUUUCCAGUUACAUCAUUUUAUUUAUACACACUUACAUCUCAUACAUUUCGUAAAGAGUUAAUCAAAUCUAUUCGUUCAAUAGUUGGUCAAAAUGAUCGAAUUACAUCAGUAAUAAACCGUAGAAGUGUCGUUUAUCAUAUCGAGCAUCAGCAAAGUCCAAUAAAUACAUGUAGCAAUCCAGUCACGAACAGUUUAAUGGAAAUAAAAUGA